AUGAAAAUAAUACGUGAGGAGCAGAAGCCAGUUUAUUGUUCGAUUGUAACUUAUCUAGAAAUUCCAGAUUACCAUCUUUCAGAUAAAAAAUUCAAAAGCAUUGUAGGCCUAUUCCCAAAUAUAGUUCAUUUAAAUUUACAUCAUAGUGUAAGAUUUAGUAAUAAAACAUUAAACCGAAUAGCAGAAUCAUAUCCCAAUCUGAAGUACCUCAACUUAGGAGGGUAUAAUGGUGAUAGAUUAAUAACUGAUAAAGGUCUAUAUGCAAUCACAAAUUCAUGCCAUAAAUUAGAAUAUCUGAAUAUUUCUAGUCGCAAAGAAUUUUCUGAAAUAAUGAUUUGGAAUGUUAUUCAUUCUUGUCCAAGGAUCCAAGAAUUCGUUAUUUAUGGAUGUAAAAUAUCCAAUACAACUUUCAAGGAAAUUGAAUUAUAUCUUAAAAUAAAAUAUAUUAAUCCAGAUAUUGCUACCCGAUAUUUGGAAAAAAUUGGCCAGAGUCAGAUGUGUUUUUCCAGCUCUUCUUCUGGAGAUUCCAAUUUAUCUGAAAAUUCUAAAUAUUACAUUGGACAUCAAAAUCCGCUAUAG